UGAACCACUCCACUGACAGACCAAGUCCCGUUUCCUCUGAGAGGAUUAGACUUCCUCUCUGGAAAUCGUUUGACACUUUCUAGUUUAGUCUGUGCGGCCAAAUUCUCACACAGCCUCCCAGUUCUGUAAAACAUAAAACUGCACUCAGGACUGGUCGGUCUGGCCCCGUCCCCUUUCUCGUGUUCUCCCCCCUCCGACAGACAGACAGACUGCUUUGCUGUGCUCUGUGGUGAGAUUCUCAUCCCAAAUACGGGCUUAGUUAGCAGCUAGCAGCGGGGAAGAUGAGCAUUGUCAGAAAAGUUUGGGCGGACGCAAAGCGUUCUCUGUUACUUUACUGAAGAAAAAAAAAAAGAAAAAUAAGCAAAACACAUUUUUUGAGGAAGUGAGAUUUUUCUGGGAGGAAUUUUUAUAAUUUUUUUAAGGAAGGGUGUUGUUUUUUUGUUCUGUCGCUUGAAGUGGCAAGAAGAUACAACACAGUAUUUAUUUAUUUUGUAUGUAUUUAUUUAUUUUGGAAAAGAACUCGAUGCACAGUGGGGAAGAGGCUUUCGUGUGACCGGUGAUAUAGUACUAUCCAUCCACACUGAUGGAGAGCAGAGGCCGUUAGCCACCGGGACCGCUCUCUGCGCCGUGUGGCUGUGUGUGUGACUCGGGUCGGGACUCGCAAACAGUUUGGUGAGUGUGUGUGUGGGACCGGGGACCCCAGGCUCAUCCCCUAGUCCCGAAGCGAUGGGGUGCGGGCUGAGGAAGCUGGAGGAUCCGGAGGAUAGCAGCCCCGGGAAGAUUUACUCCACACUGAAGAGACCGCAAGUCGAGACCAAGACCGACACUGUGUACGAGUACACAAUGCUGGAUUUCACACUGGAAGGCUCCUCAAACCCGGCUGUGCUCCGAAUCGGCUCCCUGCAGGAUCUCCCCAGUGAGUUGGAGCAGUACUACAGGAAGGGGUUUGUCCUGACCACCUUCCACCCAAUCGUCCUGUCCGUGGGGCGGAGACAGCAGCUGCCAAUCAGCCUGCUGUACCGUGCCGUGCUGGCCCGCCCCCAACCCAGCUCCAAGCAUGCCAGCCCAGCAGGCCACAGCACCCCCCGACUGCUGGUGGAGGAGUGGCUGCAGCCUGGAGACACGCUGAGCAGCGACGUGGUGAGGGGCCUGCUGGACAAGGUGAACGUCUGUGCCCAGCGAGGGCUGCGAUUCCUGGGCUUUGUACCGCAGCAGGGAGGGGGUACGCUGCGGAGCUGCAACGGAGGGGGUCUCUGCAGCCGGGGGUCCCCCAGCGGACUGUCCUGUGAGAGUGGCAUCGAGGACGAAACACGCCUUGAGUACGGAGGCUUCAACGAGGGGGGGAGCAGCCCCCAACCCUCACAUCGCAGGGAGGAGACCAAGCUGUUUGCCCUGUUCCACUCCUGGGACUCUGCCUACCCUGCCUGGCUGGCACGGGAUGAGGACGCACCGUCUUGGACCUACCACCAGGGGGCGCUCUCCGUGAAGGUGACACGUAAGGGGCAGGCCAUCAGCACUGUGGAAGCUGAUUGGCUGGAGCUCACUACCGCCUACUACAAGAAGGGCUGGUCAUUGGUGGAUUCCUUUGUGUACUGGGAGACACCCAAAGGAGAGCCAGUGCCCAGGUCUCUGGAGGGUCGGUUUGUGUAUGAGGAGCGAGGGGCCUCCACAGCGCCCCCUACAGGCAACGACACCAUCAUAGUGGAGCAGUGGACUGUCAUCGAGGGCUCUGAUGUCAAGACAGAUUACGGACCCCUGGUUCACACCCUGGCAGAGUUUGGUUGGCUGCUGACCUGUGUGCUCGCUACCCCCCUAAUCCGCCAUGACAGAAGCGUGCCCCUCGCUCCCCACGAAGUGAUGAUGUCAGCGUGCACACGGCGAGCCGCGGGGUGGGCGGGGCCAGGCGUGAUGACCUCACAGGGGGGUUCCCAAGGUUCGGGGGGUACCCCAGCGCGCUGAGAGACCUGGAGGAGGGGGGCUUUGAGCAGGAGGAGGGGGCUGCAGAGGUCACCUGCAUGUGAGGCAUCAGCAUUGCAUUGGGGCUGCUGCAGCCGUAGGUACUGUCGACUCUGACGCAUUAGAGAUUGACUUUAUAGGAUAAAUGAGAGCCAGGACCUUAGCGCUUUCUCUGCAGUAUAUAAAGGACAGCUUUACAAAGGGGGAGAACCAGGAACCAGUCCAUACACAUCCUUGCCCAGCUGCCUGCAGCCCUGCUAGGGGAGUGGUCUGGUGCAAACAGACCUGGAUCUGGAGGGGCUGGUGCUGUUUGAGGAGCCCCUUUGGGAUAUACUGGAUAUCUCCAACCUGCGACACCAGACCGUUCCUCUCAAGACCCCCCAGUACCUUCUCCCGUCCCCUUCAUGUGAGGCCCGCAGGGGAGCGAACCUGCUGAUAUUGCCCAUGUAGUACUAGACUGGGCAGGACUGAUUACACUGUAUGUGUUGAUGUGCUUAAGGCGUUUUCAGAAGACAUUGUCGUGGCUAAAAUAGCUUCUCCCCUUCAUGACAAAAGACAGGAUGUGAGUCACACGGCAGGAUGUAGGAUGUAUAUAAAGCAUUUUCAAAAACACGGGUUUGAGAGGAUGAGGAAGAGGCGGUCUGCCUUUUUAAAGAGGGGGUUUGAGUCCUGGUUUAAGGUGGUGGCGGUGUUUUUCUUUCGUCUCUAAUUGGACGCAGAACUUCAAACACCUAAUGCCACCUGGUGGACCUUUGUUCUAACUGCAGCCUUCCCGGUUGACUUUCUGGAUUUCCCCUCAAUGUUGUGCAGCUGCACUCUAUUUGUCUGAACACCUGCUGGGUCUGUUAGUUUGCUUUUAUUCUGGACAAUAAAGUCCCGCCGCUACCACUGAAUAAUUGAGAAAUGACUCGGAAUGGUCGCUUACUGAUUCCGACGUCCACAGAGAAUGGUACGUUUCUCCCUGGAGCGUAGAGGAGACCUCGUCUAUUAGCUUCAUCUCUUCCUUUUCACAUUAUUAACAGGAUUUCAAUUACAAUAAUACAAAACUAUUGAAACUUUUGGGAGCUUGUAUCAAUAAUAUUUUGUAUUCAGAAGUUGUUUCUGUUCUGAUGUCAAUUUUUGAAUAAACCUCUGCAUAUUAAAAUAAGAUGAUUUUAUUCAGAACGAAUGCACCAACAGGUAACUGUCCACCCAGAGAUAUGGCAUGGUAGGAAAUGUGGAAAUUAUCAGUGUUGAAUAUUAUUAAUCUCUGAUUUAACUGUGGUUUAUAAUAAAGUAAUCUGGAUACUGAAAAUACUUGCAGUGCUACACUCUCAAAGACACCAGACUCCUCAAACCCACACUGCACAGUACCUUGUAACAAACUGUAAAUGAAUCAGACCAAACAUUGUGGUUAAUGUUUCCAUCAGUGUUAUUAUCUGUAUCCUUCAGUCAGUACGGCCAAGUCCGUUACAUUUACAUUCCAGAUAGGACUCUGUUUUGGGCAACUAAUUCAUUUUUUAUUAACAGAUAUAGAAAUAAUAAAAAUAAUAAUAAGAAUAAUAAUAAUAACAGAAAAUGUAGUCCAUUUAAAAACCAUGAAGGCCAUGCUGGUGGCUUUUACACAGCUUGCCAAUAAUAACUUAACCUGUUUAAAGAGCUAAAGACACAAAAAGGUACAAAAUGCUAAACGAAGAAGCAACAGUGUGGCUACACGAUUGAAACAGGUGAAAGAAAAAGAGCGGGACAUUGUUUUGUACAGAAGAGCGGGACAUUGUUUUGGAUGUAUAGAACGAGUCGUUCGUUGGUGUGUUUGCUUGUUUCCUGUCGUGGCUGCGGGUCACGCCUCGCUCUCCCCUGAAGCAGCGUUCUGUACCUCCUCCUCCAGGAUGGGCACGAUCAGGU